GUGUCGCUCCGGAUUUUGCACGGCUCCGGCUCUGCUGCAGAGGUUUCUGAGCUCCCAGCCCUGCUGUGCAACGGAGGUGUCAUGAAAAGGGGAAGUGCUGAGGCCCUGCGAGAUGAGCCUGUCCCCUGGCCCCCCCGCUGCUAGGAUGCUCUUUGUGCUGGCUCUGGCCUGCGCCAGCCCCUUCCUGGAUCUGCGCCCGGACGGACCGCGCUCGCUCAACGUGGCCAUCAUCUUCAGCGGCUCGUCCUACACGCCCGAGAGCGCCCGCUUCGCCCCCACUGCCUUCCGCAACUUCUCCAUGGAGGUGAACCCUGUCUCAGUGCUGCUUAACGACACCAACCCCCGCAGCCUCAUCGUGCGCCUGUGCGACGUUCUCUCCUCCCUGCGCAUCCACGGCGUGGUCUUCGAGGACGACACACGCACUGAGGCCGUGGCCCAGAUCCUGGACUUCAUCUCAGCACAGACCUCAGUGCCCAUCAUUGGCAUCAAUGGGGGCUCGGCCAUCGUCCUCACACCCAAGGAGAAAGGCUCCACCUUUCUGCAGCUGGGCUCAUCGACGGAGCAACAACUGCAGGUGAUGUUCGAGGUGCUGGAGGAGUACGACUGGACGGCCUUCGCUGUCAUCACCACGCUCUUCCCCGGCUACGAGGACUUUGUGGAUUAUAUCGAAGUGCUGACUGACAGCAGCUUCAUUGGCUGGGAACACCGGGGCGUCCUGACCCUCAACCUGACCGAUGACCCUGAUGGCUCCCGGCUCAAGCGCCAGCUGCGGGAGAUCCCUGCCCAGAUCCGCCUGCUCUACUGCUCCCGCGAGGAGGCAGAGAGCAUCUUCCAGGCAGCACGGGACGCCGGCCUCACCGGACCUGGGUAUAUCUGGUUCAUGGUGGGCACGAACCUGGGUGGCACUGACUACAUGCCUGAGCACCUGCCCGUCGGCCUCUUCACAGUGUUGUCGGCCGGCUGGCGGGACGACCUGCACCACCGCGUCCAGAAUGGGGUGGCCAUCAUUGCCAAGGGUGCCGAGGCACUUGCCAGGGACUACGGCUUCAUUCCCGAGUUCAACAACGACUGCCGGGCACCCAACCUUAGCCAGAUCCAUGAGAACCUCCACCGGUAUUUCAUGAACAUCACAUGGGGGCAAAAGGAUUUCUCCUUCAAUGAGGAUGGCUACCUCAUCAAUCCAUCUCUGGUCGUCAUCUCCCUCAACAAGGAGCGCACUUGGGAGGUGGUUGGGAGCUGGGAGCACCAGAUCCUACGGAUGAAGUACCCCGUCUGGUCACGCUAUGGCAAGUUCCUGCAGCCGGUGGAUGACGACCAGCACCUGACAGUGGCCACGCUGGAGGAGCGGCCCUUCGUCAUCGUCGAGAACAUCGACCCAGCCACCGGCACAUGCAUCCGGGACUCGGUGCCCUGCCGCAACCAGCUGAACCGCACCGACAGCCACCCCACAGACCCGCUGCUUUUUGAGAAGAAAUGCUGCAAAGGGUUCUGCAUCGACAUCCUCAAGCGCCUGGCUAAGACUGUGGGCUUCACCUACGACCUCUACCUGGUCACCAACGGCAAGCACGGCAAAAAGAUCGACGGGGUCUGGAAUGGCAUGAUUGGGGAGGUGUUUUACCUGCGUGCAGACAUGGCCAUCGGCUCCCUGACUAUCAACGAGGAACGCUCCGAGAUCAUCGACUUCUCCGUGCCCUUCGUCGAGACGGGCAUCAGCGUCAUGGUCUCACGGAGCAACGGGACCGUCUCGCCCUCCGCCUUCCUAGAGCCCUACAGCCCAGCUGUCUGGGUGAUGAUGUUCGUCAUGUGUCUGACCGUGGUGGCCGUCACCGUCUUCAUCUUCGAAUACUUCAGCCCCGUGGGUUAUAACCGCAGCCUGGCCGCCGGGAAACGCACGGGGGGCUCCAAGUUCACCAUUGGCAAGUCCAUCUGGCUGCUCUGGGCUCUGGUCUUCAACAACUCGGUGCCGGUGGAGAACCCCAAGGGCACCACCAGCAAGAUCAUGGUGCUGAUCUGGGCCUUCUUCGCCGUCAUCUUCCUCGCCAGCUACACGGCCAACCUGGCCGCCUUCAUGAUCCAGGAGGAGUACGUGGACACAGUGUCGGGGCUGAGUGACCGCAAGUUCCAGAAGCCGCAGGACCAGUACCCACCACUCAAGUUUGGCACGGUGCCCAACGGCAGCACGGAGAAGAACAUCCGCAGCAACUACCCCGACAUGCAUACCUACAUGAUGAAGUACAACCAGCGCAGCGUAGAGGACGCCCUGCAGCACCUCAAGUCGGGGAAGCUGGACGCCUUCAUCUACGACGCGGCCGUGCUGAACUACAUGGCGCGUAAGGACGAGGGCUGCAAGCUGGUGACCAUCGGCAGUGGGAAGGUCUUCGCCACCACCGGCUAUGGCAUCGCCCUGCAGAAGGGCUCCCGCUGGAAGCGCCCCAUCGACCUGGCCCUGCUGCAGUUCCUGGGCGAUGACGAGAUCGAGAUGCUGGAGCGGCUCUGGCUC